CGGAUGGUUCUCUUGAAGUGGCCGGUUUGUUUAUUUCGUCCGAACGGUGAUAGCUCGUUUAGUUUCUUCUACGUAUCUUGCUUUGCCUCGGCUCUGACGACAUCCGGUUUCUUCUGCGACUUUCCAGCUUGGUUCCCUUGUCUCUGUCUAGCGGGGGUUUGGUGGGUCAAGGGGAUCAUGGCAUCGCAGGGCACUAAAUGCUUUAAUUGCGGAGGCGAAGGUCACGUCGCCCGGGAGUGUCCUUCCCAACGCCAGCAGCAGGGUGGAGGCUCUAACUCUACCCCUUCGACCACACGAUUUUGGACGCCUAAGCGUCCUCAGGAAGAGUCAGAAGAGAAAGAGUUUCGGAGGCAGCUUAUUCAGGAAAAGCGUGAGGAGCAGACUCGUAGGAGGGAAUUGGAAGAAAGGCGUAAGAUGGACGAGCUUACCCGACAGGAGAUCGAACGGAACUCUGAAGCAAUGGAGGCACGUCUGAUGUCUAAGAUCGACCGUCAGUAUUUGGCGACGCGCGAGGAGGUACGAAGGGAGAGUGUGCGGGCACCUUUGCCACGAACCCCACUUGGCACCCCCCGGGAGCGUGCGGUCUGCGACUACGAAGACAAGGGGAUCGAAGACAUCGAGGAUGAGAUUGCUAAACUCUAUGAGCUCCGGGAGAAGAAGAGAAAGGAUAGAGGGAAAGAGCCGGCACCGGCGCCUCGGAGGUCUUUCCGCCAGCCUGUGUUCCACCAUAAUGAUGGUUCAGUUCAAGAUUCCCCACCUGAGUCUUCAAAGAUGGGGGAGGAAAGACAGCGGACUAAGAUUCCGUCGGGCAGUGGACCUGAAGGUGUGCUUGCAUAUGUUUUGCAGCAACGGCGUCUGCUUACUGGUAAGAACAAGGAGCAGCUCAAAGCCAUCUGCCGAACGGAGGAAGUGGAGUAUACAACAAAGGCGCCGACGAUUGAGAAGAUUAUCGAAGCUCGUGUCAAGAUGGCGUAUGAGGGUUUCAUUUUUCCCCCUGCCCCUGCUAAUGUCUCACCAGAGGAAGGGGAACGUACCCCGAGACUACAGCGGUUAGGGAAAUGGGAUGUGGGUGGCUCAUUUGGUCAGGCCUAUGCCUUGCCUAAACAUAAGGACCUCUUCAGAUGGCGACCUAUUUCUCCAACUUUUGCUGAGCCAUCACGUUUGGCUAGUUCUAGAGUAGCUCGUGCACUGAAUACGCUCCUCUUUGCUCUACCUAAACACUCGGGGUUUAAUCUCAAAGCUGUUAUGGAUUUUGUCCCUGGGUUGUUGGAAACGGAGGGGAAUUUCAGGAAUUUGCCUGGGUAUGUUGACUUGGUUUCUGCCUCCUUUGAUAUUAAGGACAUGUUUGUCUCUCUGCCACAUGAUGAUGUCCUUAAUGCGGUUGAUUGGCUCAUCCAGGUCUAUCUGAGUAAAGGGUACAAGGGAGUUAGAGUGGCGAAACGGGGCAAGAAGGCCUGGUUAUCAGUCGGAGGGUCUCGGGAUGAUUGUAUCUCUAUUCCUCUUGAGAUGAUUCUGGACAUGGUACGGUUUGAUCUAUGCUUUACCUUCAUCUGGUCAGCUGGACAACUCCUGAAGCAAGUGGUUGGCGUGCCCAUGGGUAAAUCCACUAGCUGCCCUAUUGCCUGCAUCCUUUGCACCUUCGCUGAGGUCACCUUUUUAAAGGGCCUGGGUAGAGAUAGGCGGUUGGUACGUGGUUUCCGUGUGGUUGAUGAUGUUACGGUGUUCGUAGCCGUAGUGGGUAGGUAUGGUUUGCACCGUGAUCACUCUAUAAUGGAGCUUUUCAAUCAUUGCUACGGUCAAGUACUCAGACUGUUCAGGACGGACGAGGACGAUGGGUGUUGGAAUUUUGCUGGGGUAACUAUCUUUCGACACGGUACGGCGCUGCGAACUGUGUCCAUCGUGAAAAAUGCUUCCAGCCUCUGGGAUUCCGGUGACCUGGUGUUUGGUGGUUUCCAGGAUUAUGAAUCCUACUCCAGUAAAAGGGCCAAGAUUGGUGCCAUUCUGAGCACCUUGCACCGGUUAUAUAGGCUUACCACUGAUGAAUGGGGAUUGCAGGAAGCCUUGCUCGCUGUUAAAAGGGAGUUGCUCACAAGGGAUUACCCGAGGAGAAUGGUGGAAGACGCUGUUGUGAGUUUUGCCUCCAAGGCUGGAGGAAUCAUGCCGGAGGUGGCGGCUCGUGUCUGUGAUAGGGGGCUUGGCCUUUUGCCAAGCAGGACCUGUGUCCACCGAUACACCUGUUUUUGGGAGAAGUGAUCUGAUUGGGACCGGUCGUUUGGCUUACCAGGCUGACCUUGCCACCAUGCGGAUCUGGUUUUUUGGAUGCCUGGACCUCGUGCCUUGGUGACAGGGGUUCGGUUUUUUUUUUCGGACUUAGGAGCUUAGGUCUCGGAUGCUUUUUUAAUUUUUUUGAAUGCUUUUCUAUAAUUUCGCCUUGGCGCCUGAUUGGGGACUUCGUUUUUGGAAAUGGGUUGGGCUGGUGGCUUCCCGCCAGCAAGGGCAUUGACGGCUGGCUUAGGAUCU